AUGGCUCCGCCGGUCGCCGCGCAGGCCGCGGGUGCCUUCCAGCGCAGGUGCAUGCCUCCCCUCACGCCCUCUUCCCCUCCGCAUCCAGCGCUCUCCUCGUUCUCUCCGCUUUUUACGCCGCGCCUCGACCACCUGCUUGCUUCCUCCGCUUCUCCCCCCGCCACUGCUCCCCUCUCCUCCUCUCCCCCCUCCACUUCCCCAUCCGCCCCCGCUCCCGCGCCCGUUAACCUCCCCCUGCUCUCCGCAUCUCCGCCCCCGCCCUCCUCCCCCGCGCCCUCCACUCUCCCCUCUGCGCCGCUCCCCUUAGGCCCAGGGCACUUUGAGUAUCUGCCGCUGAAGGCUCCUUUCCGCAUGGCCAUGGGGGUGCAACCCAUGGCGAUGGAUGACUGGAUACAGUCCCCUCCUUCCACUUCCCCAGCCUCUCCCAUGGCAUGGCCCAGCCUCUCCCAUGGCAUGGCCCAGCCUCUCCCAUGGCAUGGCCCAGCCUCUCCCAUGGCAUGGCCCAGCCUCUCCCAUGGCAUGGCCCAGCCUCUCCCUCGCACAACAGCACCUGCACAACCAUGGCACGGCUUCUCUUUCUCACACCAUCAUCUGCACAACCAUGCCACGGGCGAUUCAUUUGACCUGUCAGAUUCAACACAAGACCCUCUAGAGAUCAUUGCACAACUCAUACAGGAGGAUGUGUGCCUCAUGCUCCCUUGCCCUUCCUCUGGCUUAUCUCACUCUCAUACUUCCUUCUCGUUUGUUGUUGUCUCUUUCUUCCCCUUCUCAUCUUUCAUCUGCUCAUUCUUGCAGGAGGAUGUGUGCCUCAUGCUCCCUCGCCCUUCCUCCUCCUCCCCUUCCUCCCAUUCCUCCUCCUCCCCCACUUCCUCUUCCUCUCCCUCCACCUCUUCCUCUUCCUCCACUCCUCCCCUCUGCCUAGUCUCCGGAGCUGUUCUCUUUCCAAACGGCUGGAUUCUGCCCGAAAAACUCGGGCUGCCCACCGCUCACAUUCACACACCCGUGCCUCUAUACGAGUCGACAAUUUCUAGGGCAGUUGACAAAUUUCUGAACAACCUGGAGCCGGGAAGCCCGUUUGCUCGCACCAAUUGGACGAUAACCGACGACCCGCGGCUGUUCCGGCCGAUUUCAGAGGCGUCAUAUGCCUCGAUGGUGCAGGCCAAAGCAGGGCUGUCAGAACAGAGGCUUCAAAAAGAGCAGCAGCAGCAGCAGCAGCAAGAAGGGGAGCAAGAGGAGAAGGGUGGUGAUGCGAUAACAGUGGAGAGUGCUGGAUGGAGGCUCUUCACUCGCAGUGAGAGAGAGACGUUCGUGCGCCUGCCCAAGACCGGGGCGGUACUGUUCACCAUCCGCACGCACAUGAAGCCGCUGCGAGUGUUUUCCGGGUGGCGCCAGCUGGCUGCUGACGUGGUGCGGGCCAUGGAUGCGCUGCCAGGCGAGAUCAGGCGGUACAAGAUGAUUGGAGGGCGGCUUGCUGAUGUGGCACGAGAGUAUCUGAUUCGAUGCUCAGAGGGGCUUGCGUAG